AUGAACCCCUCGGCUUACUCGCGCUCGGAGAGCCUCUCCAGCGCCUCGGGCACGGCGUCGCUGAGCGCCCGCACCCUGACGUCGAGCGACCCCUCUGCGUCGGGCGACACACUCUCUAUGAAAUUCUUCAUCACCAAAAACGGCCGGUCCUACCUCAACGACCCCUCCAUACCCUACUCCCUGCCCGUUGAUCUCGCCGAACUGCACCGCCAGUCCCUCCGAACCCUGCUUCUGAUACAAGUAUUUGGAACGCCCGUAUGCUCGCCUGCUCUGGUUGCGCGACCACCUACGCGCGUGCUGGAGGUCGGAUGCGGCUCCGGGUUUUGGAGUAUGAUGUGCCACCGAUACUUUCGGGACCGGGGCCACGCCAACAUAUCAUUCACGGGCCUCGAUAUUGCACCGCUUGCGCCCGGCAGCCCUGACGGUGGGGCCGGCGCCACGCCCGAGUUCGCCAAGCCCGAUCGAGACAUGAACUGGCGCUUCGUCCAGCACGACAUACGCUACAGCCCCUUUCCGUUCCCCGAUGGCGAAUUCGACCUCGUUAUGGUGAAGGAUAUGAGCCUUGCUGUAACUCACUCGUCCCAGCAGCGCAUGGUUGACGAGUAUAUCCGCCUCCUCCGGCCCGGGGGCCAUCUGGAGAUAUGGGAAAGCGACCACACAAUACGCAUGCUCCGACCGCACGUUCCUGGACCCGCGUCGGGCAAUGCCUCUACACAGGGCACGACGAUUCUCACUUCUCUCAACGCCGAACAGGACGAGGACCACGAAGUAGCGGCCUCCCUGGGGGCAUUUGUCAUGGGCGCCAACACCCCGCUCUCCCCCUCUCAACAACUUCCUCGUCGAGAGAGCGACGACUUAUCCGACGUACGUUCCCGCCGCCUCGCGAUUCCACUCAGCGAGGUACGCUGGGAGAAGGAGGGCGUGGGUGGCGUCGUGACCAAGGACGGCAAGAGCUACAUUGACACCCGCGGCAAAGGGAAGCAUGGCACCACUGGUCCCGGCAGUAACAAAACGCUGACUGCCGGGCAGGCGGCGCUAAGGCGGACCGCGCUCCAGACAGUCGUCCAGGGGAUCCAAGCGCUCGAACCCAUGCUCAAGGAGGUCAGUGGAAAGAGGCAGGACGAGUGGGAUGGUUGGAUAAGCAAGAUGAUGAAUGACUUGAUGAGUGAAAAUGGAACGUCGUGGGGCGAGUGUCUUGAAGCAGCUCUCGAUCUCGGCGUCGUCUUUCACGCCGGCGUUGGCCAUGAAGGCCUUGUGAAGGCGGGGACGGAAGUAGUCGAAGCCGAGGGGGUAGUCUCGACCGAGGAAGAGGAGCUCUGCUUGGCCCCGCAUCGGGCGCUGCCUGUGUUUCGGCUGCUCCCCGCGCAAACCGCAACCGCGGCCGCCCUCACGUCUCGCCUCACGCGCGCUUGGCCCCACGCCUUUGUCUCGGCUGAGGGUUACGUGCGCCUCCCCAUCGACGAGCUCCGAACCGAGGGUACGGAGUCGCGGAUAGCUGUGCGGUCGGAGAGCGAGGCGGUGAAGGCGGCGCAGGAGGCGGCUACGUUGGCGGGGAGCAGGCUGCUCAAUGCGUUGCUGAGCGCGGGGAAGGCGGGGACCGCUGUUGACGUUGAUGUGGAGACGAGGAUAACACCUCUCGAGGGCACGAGGAUACGCGCGGGAGACUCUCUUACGGCAUUUUCGAGGUUCGGAACAGGACCCAUCGCGGGCCCCACGAUCCUGAACAAAAUCCCGACGUCAUGGAAGGCGAACGACGGGCCCGGCGGCAUCGUGCUACAGUCAGUGGUGUUCUCCCAGGCGUCGAGAAGACCGGUCGCCGCGGUACACGCUCUGCUGAGGCUAAAGGGUCAGGACGGGCGCGCCCUGGACCAGUGGGUAGAAGAGAACACGGAGGUAUUAAGCAAGAUGCUGCGGGAAAUCGAGGACGGGGAGAGGCGAGGGAGAGAGGAGGUGGAAGAGGUUGAAAACGGGGUGGAUGCGCUGGAGAGGGAUACGUGGAACAGGCCAGAUGCUGUAGAAGACAUGGGGACGGCCAAGGCGUAG